GUGCGCGUGUGUGUGUGUGCGUGUGCGUGUGUGUGCGCGCGCACGCUUGUGCUUGUGCUUGUGUCUGAGCACCUGUUGACAAUUUAAGCAAGCCAGUGUAGCUUUGUCCAGCUCCUCUGUCUGGCAGUGUGUCUCUUAGUUCUAUCUUUCUCAGAUAAAUCAGCUCCAGUGUAAAGUCCCUCAGCAAAGCUCCUGCUGAUUCAUCUUUUGACAUGUUUCCAGACAAGCCAAGAAGUAAGAAAGCACGGCAGUCCAUUUUGGCAGAGAUGUUAUUAUGAUAACUUGCUGUGCCUUACUUAAUAUGGAGCACAUGGUACCACAGGUUUCAAGUGUAUUUCUGUUUCUGUUUAUUUCUCUCUGCAGAAAUAGCAUCAUAAGAGUCUAAAAACAGCAUGACAAACCGUUUAGAAAUAAGCACAAGGCAUGCCACUAAAUUUGGCCUUUUAGCAACUCAGGGAAUUUUUGAUACUAUAGGAACUGACAGGCUCUGAAAAGAUUAUGCACCAAAGCACAGAUUCAUGAAUUGCAGAGAAAAACCAAUUCCAGGAAAAGCCUUCUGCUUGAAGGGGAACACUGGAGAGUUCAAAUCUGUUUUGGAGAAAUAGAUGUAGAACCACAGAGUUCCCAAAACAGGCGAUAAUACCCACCGGGAUGCCAAACAAUAAAUCCUCUGAAGGACCGAAUCCUUCAUCACCUGCCAGCAGAUUUGUGGGAAUCACCGAUCCUGUCUGACGCCCCAGUUCUCCAGUUUUGUUUUGUCAUUGAGAGGUAGUCAAAUCACCCUGUGUUUUUGGUUUUCAUUUCCUGAACCCAUGUCUUAAUUGAAAACAUGCAGUGCCCAAUCGUGGCUCGAGUCAAACUAAAUUUAAAAAGUGUGGGCGCAUGGGAAUUGCAGUUUUUCUACAGUGGAUGUUUUUUUUUUUUUUUUUUUUUAAAGCCAUUCCAUCAUUGUGACUUCAUCUGGCCCGUUUGAGAAGACUUUGAAAAGCUGGUGUUGAUGUUCUGUUGACAUGCUUCAAAAACAUUGUCAUGCCUUUUUAUUUUAAAUGGAACCAAAUGAGAUAUUUAGUGUUCACGGUCACACACUCACCCUAUGUGCCAUUAGAUUUGCCAAUUAUUUAAAGAUGUGACAUGGCAGGAUUAAAACAGUUCAUGUGAUAUGCUCAUCUCUAAACAUGCACAAUGAACCACCUGUUAUCGUGCCAGAUUGUAGCAGGUUUACUUCUUUGGGGCUUGCGUGCUAACUUUAAAAUUUGAAAUUCUUUCCCAUUUUCUCAAACAAUGAUAAAAUGAUCUUGUAGCUCUGCAUUUCUUUUAGAGAAUUCGGAGCUACAGUCUUUUAUAAUGCUGUUAAAUAGGAUUGCAAAAAAAAUUAAAGACACCCUCAAGACAUGUUCCAACACUAUUAAAAGAUACUUUGCUUUAAAUAAUAAUUUGAAUUUUAAAUUGUUUUUCUAAUAAAAAGUUUGUUAAAAUCUUAAAGUUGCAUCAACUCCUUCUGCCUCACUGAAAAUCCUUUAUCUAUGGACAUCAAAUAAUUGUCAUGUCAAAAGUAUAACUACUGGACACAUAAUGUCACCUAAAUCACAUAAAAAGUCUGUUCUCAACUGUAUUUGUUGUGGAUUCCACAAGUUUCCGUGUCAUGUUUGUAUCAGUUUCUUAUUGGACUACGAUUAGUUUCCGGUGAUGAUGUCACAAAGUCAAAAGUCUCAUACAAACACAUUUGAAACUCAGAUUUAAGUUGAGCACAGAGAAACUUUACUUCCCUUCAUCAAAUGAAUGUGAAAACAACUUUCUCGUGUUAAAUUCUGCACAGUGAAGGUCAAACAUCCAGCUGGAAUAAAAAUAAGCAAAACACAUUUUUGAGUUGAGAGGGACUUUAAAGUCACAGGACACAGAAUUGUAAGAUUAGCCAACCAAUAAAGAUUAUGUGGUUUCCAAUACGUUUUAUCACGAUGCAGAAAAUUGUGUCUUAUCAGUCAAAUUCUGUCUGCUGGUUUAGAGCAAGAGACAGUGUUGGUGUGAUAAUGGAUCAGGAGGAGGGCCGAGGAAGAAGGGUAACACAGGAGAGGAGGGUGGGAGAGUGUGUGUGUGUGUGUGUGUGUGUGUGGGAAACGGAGACAAGCUCACAGCAGCUUACCCAAACUUUACGUUAGCUCUGGGUUGCGACUGUCAUAUGAUGGUUUCUCUUCUGUUUGCAUUCUUCAUGGCAUUCUGCCGGCUUGAGUGAUCUCAUGGAAUGCACAUGGGUUUUUUCCUCGAGAACAUUUCUGCACUCGACUUGUUGUCCCAGACUGCAGUCUCUACAUGGGUCCAGCUGAAUGAAUUUUGUGGGGAAAUUCACAGAUUUUGAAUUGUUUUGUUUUGAAUUGUACGUCAUGGGAUUUGGGAUGUGAUGCGAGGUGCAUUUGUCGACUGGAUCUGUGGAUGCUGUGCUGAAGGUGACGGAAAAUGCAGAUACCGUUAUUAAUUUGGAUUUUGCACUUCACGAAUCUUACAAGAGGCCUCGACAGGACAAAGAUUCUGCGACACAGACGUAGCUCUUCAGGGAGCAAACUUUGUCCGGCAGGUUGUGCCUCGUGCUCGGCCCUGAAUGGCUGCCUGUCCUGUAAACCUCGCCUCUUCUUCCACCUGGAGUUGGAUGGGAUGAGGCAGAGGGGCACCUGUCUGUCCUCCUGUCCCCGGGGACACUAUGGCAUGCGCUCGCCACACAUCAACACCUGUACCAGGUGCAAAGAGGACUGUUCUUUCUGCUUCAGUGAAAACUUCUGCACUCGCUGUCACCCAGGCCACUUUCUGUUCCAGGGCAAAUGUGAAAGUAGCUGUCCAAAUGGUCUGACACCAAACACAGCUCUGCGAGAAUGCACAGAAUGCACUAUGGGCUGUGAGGUGUGUGUGCGGAGAAACGUGUGUGUGAGAUGUAGAGCAGAUCUGUACUUCCUCCACGGGCAGUGCCACCUCACCUGCCCAAGUGGAUCUGAGCCUGAUGUACAGCUCAUGCAGUGCAUCCCCCAAGUGCACUGUGAGGUUGGGGAAUGGACAGAGUGGGGUCCAUGUAUCCGGAAAAGGAGCAUGCGGGCCUACAGGCGGGGAGAGGUGACACGUACCCGACAAGUCCUGCGGUCCCCAAGUGUCUACGGUGAGCCCUGCCCACAUGUGUCAGAGACCAGGAGGUGCAUCAUCAAAAAGAGACAAAGUCCAAGUAGGUUGUAGUGAGCUGAAAGAGAGCCCCAUAUAAACUAUUUGCUGACACUGCAGAGAUAUUUAACUUGUUUUUGCCCAUUUCAUAUCGUCUGAUCAUUAAAACACAGACAUUUAUUUCAAAUUGUAAAAAUGUAAAAGUAAAAGCUGCAGUUCAUCAGAAGUUAAUAAAAGGGAUGGAUGGAUGGAAAUGGUGAUCAUCAAUUUCUUUAAUACAAUUCAUGUGUAUCUAUCAGUACCAGUCAUAUGCUAAAUCAGUACCACCAGUAGCCAACCAUGGUAAACUUACUUAUUUGUUGUACAUACUGAUUGUCAGUGGGUUCAUUUGUUACUUGCUACUACUCUUUUGAGACCUGCACACUGUUGUCUUGCUUGCAAUAAACUUUGUUAUA